AAAAAAUAAUAUAUACUAGCAAUAAAAAAACUUUUUUUUAAAAAAAAACUAAGAUAACAAUAAAUGAAAGAAAAAACAUAUACAAUUCUUCAAAUUAUCACCAAACCUAUCCAACAACUCACUUCCACACCUCCCAUAAUAUUAUCUCGAUCAAUCAUAUCAUAAUUCUAACGAAAAGUAAAACAAAGACUUUAAUGGAAGUCAUAGUCCAUAUGUCUACUACAAAUAGUGAAUUACUAGAAAAAUGCGGCUCACAAAUAGAAAACUUUAACUUCAUUUUAAACAUCAGUAAUUUUAUCUUAUUAGUAUUAUUAAAAAUAUCUAAUUUCCAAUUUUCAAAUACAACACGUGCUUAUUGAAACUCUCUAUUUCCCUCUCAAAAACAUAGAACUUUUCUCCAUUUAGAAGUUUCAAGGAAAGCUCAAAUUCCAAACAAACAAUAUUUUAAUCAUUAUUGUUAAUAAAUUUCCCACCCGUGCAUGAACCAAAUUUCAUAUAAAUAUUUCCCAUUCCCCGCUUUAAUCCAGAAAAAAAAAAAACUCAUAACUUCCUCUGUUUUUUCUUGAUUUGCUCUAUUUGUACUAAAUUCGCUUCGAUAUAAAAAUUCGUAACCAAAAUUCAAAAUGUAUUCAAAUUGUGAAGUAGAUAAUGAUUUUUCAGUACUCGAAUCAAUUAGAAGAUACUUACUUGAAGAUUGGGAAGCUCCAUUAACGAGCUCUGAAAACUCAACAUCCUCAGAGUUCAGCCGAAGCAACAGCAUUGAAUCCAAUAUGUUUACUAAUUCACUUCCGAAUGAAUUCGAUUAUACACCUGAAAUUUUUCAAAAUGAUAUUCUCAAUGAAGGAUUUGGAUUUGGAUUUGAAUUCGAGAGUUCUGAUUUUAUAAUCCCUAAAUUAGAGUCACAAAUGUCAAUCGAAUCACCUGAAAUGUGGAAUUUACCGGAAUUUGUGGCUCCAUUAGAGACGGCGGCGGAGGUGAAAGUUGAAACACCGGUUGAGAUGACAACUACGACGACGAAGCCAAAGGCAAAACAUUAUAGAGGUGUGAGAGUGAGGCCAUGGGGGAAAUUCGCAGCGGAAAUUAGAGAUCCGGCGAAAAAUGGAGCAAGAGUUUGGCUCGGUACAUAUGAGACGGCGGAGGAUGCGGCGUUGGCUUACGACAAGGCGGCGUUUCGCAUGCGGGGAUCACGUGCAUUGCUAAAUUUUCCGUUGAGGAUUAAUUCUGGUGAACCGGAGCCUGUUAGAGUCGGAUCGAAGAGAUCGUCAAUGUCGCCGGAGCAUUGUUCAUCGGCGUCGUCGACGAAGAGGAGGAAGAAGGUUGCUCGUGGAACAGAGCAAUAAGUCCUAAAAGUGGGCCCUGUAUAUUAAUAAAAAAAAUAGAAUUAUCCGACGGAAGUUGUUUUCUUAUAGAAAAAAGUUAUUACUUUGGGUGAAGUAAUGAAUUUGGUUUUUCUUUAA